AUGAGUACUUCCAUAGAAGAUCGUUGCAUUGGUUCUCUACUCUGUCAUAUGAUUGGUGAUCAAUUAGGAGCUGGUGUAGAAGGUCGUUCUUCAGGAAGAAUUAAGCAUGAUCAUGGAGUGGUACGUGAUGAUAUUGAAGCACCUCAUAUGGGUAUUCCAGAAUUGGGACCUCGAAUUCAUAUGUACACAGAUGACACAAAUAGUAUGCUUGCGUUGGCUUCUAGUCUUGUUCUCAACAGUGGUCUGAAACCAAUUCAUGCAGCAAGAUCUUAUGCAAUAUUUUGGUCGACUGGAAUCAAACGUGGUUAUCCAGAUUCUGCUCAAGAAAGUAUGCGGUGCGUACUAGAAGGUAAAACAAAUUAUCAAGAAUGUGGACGUAUUGCUUUUCCUGAUGGUUCAUUUGCUAACGGUGGAGCAAUGCGAAUUGUACCAGUUGCUCUUGCUUUUCGACAUGCAUCUGAUGACCAACUUUAUGAAGCAGUUCGAAUGGCCAUUAUCUCUUCGCAUGUUCAUCCCGAAGGUAUUGAUGGAGCUUUUGUUUUAGCUAAGGCGAUCAUCUUCGCUCUUCACUGUCAAUCAGUCAAUGACUUCAAUCCUCUUGAAUUUCUCACUGUUCUUCAAUCAACAGCACGAACAGAGGGCAUGCAAAAACAGAUUCAAAAAUUAAUUUCAUUCUACAAUGAACAAAAUGGUUUAGGUAAUGCAAGUUCGAAAAAACACAGGACAGAUGUCGAUGUGGUGAGAGCACUCGGCAAUACAUUCCAGAUCAAAGCGAUUGAAGCAGUACCAUGUGCUUUAUGGAUAAUUUGUGUAAGUUAUCGUGAACCUGAAGAAUGUCUUAUUCGUGGUGUAAAUAUGGGUGGUGAUACAGACACAGUGGCGGCCAUGAUCGGAGACAUUAUUGGUGCAUUACAUGGUCGAGAAUGGAUUCCUACUCGUUGGUACGAUCAUAUAGAACCUAACUCUGAAGAAAACAUGGGUCGAGGACGAGAUUAUGCAAUUGAUUUAGCAAAAAAACUAGCAACUAUGGAUUUAAAUAGUGUAUUGGAUGACAACGAAUAA